AGUGAGUAGUUUUCUUAACGAGCUUCUACCAGGUGAACAAAAGUAAGACUAAAGUAAUUGAUAGCUCCAACUAAAAAAAAAAAAAAGAAAAAAAGACUAACUUUAGAGACAUCGCCGUUAUCGUUUCUCGCAUUACUUGAAAUUACUACGUGCUAUUUAACUUCAAAUUUAAAUAUCGAACAGUUUAAAAAGAAGCUUAACACUCUAAGCGAACAAAUUUAAAUUACCUACUUUCGAAGUAAUGAAAUGAAUUUCCUAAAUACUCGCCAAGUGAAUAGAAAAAUUGAAAGCAAACCUAUUUCAAAGCGUUGCUAAAUCAAAGAUUCGAACUAAAUAUUAGAAUUCAGAUUCUGAGGAAUUAAAAGAAAUUCUAAUACAUAGAAUAUGUCUAAAGUAUAGGUAAAACAAAUAAUUAAACUGUCUUCGCACUUAACUGAACUUAACUUCGUACUUAAGACCGUGGCUUUCGUUAAGAAUAGAAGAUACACGCUAUUUUUCUAACUACUCGUAGUUGAUUCGUGAGUGUGUCUCGCUAUUAAUCCAUCGAUCGAAUAUCAGUCACUUAUCAACUGUAUAAUACUCGAGUGGAUUACCAUUGUUUCCCUUAAACCUAUAAAAAGAAGCGGCAAAACGCGAAAGCCAAGAAGUCGGACUGCUAUUAUAUUGCGGUGUGCAUAGUGAGCCACGACAACAGCAAUGCCAACUGAAUUAGCGUUAAUUUAUCCUACGCUGCUCACGGUAUUAACGCAAAACAAUUAUACGAUCUUUCCGGAUGAAACAGGAGUGCCACAUCUGAUUAAAAUCGAUAACUCUCCACUAACUGAAUUAGAACUUUCCAUUUUAGGUAUCAAUGUGGAAUCGGUCAGUUUCAAUCUUUACACACGAGAUAACCCUACAAGUGGUGAUGUGCUAAAUCUAAACGACAUAGUCUCUGUACGAGAGAGUCAUUGGAACCCGCACAGGGAAACCAUCAUAGUUACUCACGGUUGGAAUUCCAAUGGUCGAUCUUCGUCAUGUACACUCAUACGCGAUGCUUUCCUUAAUGUCUGGGAUAGCAACGUCAUUAUCGUCGAUUGGGGUAACAUAGCAAACAACCUGCUUUAUUCCGUCGUUGCAAAAAGCGUGCCACGCGUCGCUCUCCGUGUAGCUGAUUUCGUGAAUUUCCUACGAACUAGCGCUGGAUUACGAACGUCUAAACUGAAAAUUGUUGGACACUCCCUCGGUGCUCAUGUCGCAGGAUUAAGUGCAUUAGAGAUAGGAAGGUCGAGCCAAGUCGCGGAAGUUAUCGCACUCGACGCUGCCAAGCCAAUGUUUGAACACAAAGGACCAGAUGGAAGAGUUGAUAAAUCAGACGCGCGAAAUGUUCAAGUUAUUCACACGUGCGCCGGAUAUUUAGGUCUGGAUAUCUCUGUUGGUACUUCUGAUUUCUUUGCCAAUGAUGGAAGAAAUCAACCAGGAUGCGUCAAUGACUUGAUAGGAGCUUGCGCACAUUCACGCAGCUACGAAUACUACAGCGAAUCUGUUAUAAAAUCAAAAGGCUUCCUUGGUGUAUCUCAGAAUGGUGCAAUGGCAUACAUGGGUGGUCCUACUCUUGACCCGAAAGCUAAAGGAACCUACGUGUUCCAAACUAACAAUCAGUAUCCAUAUGCACUUGCUGGAUAAAGUUAUUCUUCGUAUCAAUAUGUAACAUAUUUAUUCAAAUUGAGAAAUAAAUAACAGAUGAUCAUAUUAUCGAAA